AUGAAACGUUCAAUACGCAACCUGUGGCGCGGAUUCCUGAUCUGCGUCCUGGCAUUUAUGCUGCUGAUCACCGGCUACUGGUUUCGCUGGUGGGGAGGAAUGCCUUCGAUCAUGGAGCUGGAAAACCCAAGCAGUUCCCUUUCAUCCGAGGUGCUGGCCGCCAAUGGUGAUGUAAUGGGCCGCUACUUUGUACAAGACCGGAGCAACAGCAAAUACAGUGAAAUAUCUAAAAACGUGGUGGAUGCGCUGAUCGCUACGGAAGAUGCCCGUUUCCUGGAGCAUUCCGGUAUUGACGGCCGUGCCACCGCGCGCGCUAUAUUACUGGCCGGACGUGAAGGCGGUGGCAGUACGCUGACCCAACAAUUGGCUAAAAACCUGUUCGGACGUAAAAAGGUCAGCUUUAUAUCGCUGCCUUUUAUCAAGCUGAAAGAAUGGGUGCUGGCUGUGAAGCUCGAGCGCAACCUGACGAAGAACGAGAUUAUCACCUUAUACCUGAAUACGGUGCCAUUCCCCGAUAAUGUGUAUGGCAUCAAAAAUGCAUCCCUGACGUUUUUUAAUAAGCUGCCGGAAAAGCUAUCUGUUAGUGAAGCGGCUGUAUUGAUCGGCACACUGAAGGGUAAUAGCUAUUACAAUCCACGUACGCGCCCGGAACGAGCGCUGGCAAGGCGUAAUACCGUGAUGGACCAGAUGGUGAAGUACAAUAAGCUGGGCAGUGCAGAAGCCGCAAAGCUCAAAGCCACACCUAUUAAGCUGGACUAUCACAAAAUUGACUAUCAUGAAGGGGUUGCCCCUUACUUCCGCCAGGUGCUGGAACAGCAGAUGAAGGAAGCGCUGAAAAACACAACAAAUCCGGUUACCGGCGAGCCUUAUAAUAUUUAUAAAGACGGCCUUAAGAUCUAUACCACUAUUGACCUGAAAAUGCAAGCUUAUGCCGAGCAGGCCGUGGAGCAGCAUAUGAAAGACCUGCAAAAACUAUUCAUGCAGCAAAGCGGUUAUGGCAAUCGUGCGGUAUGGAAGAAGCAAACCAAAUUAAUAGACCGCCUCAUCAAAUCAUCUGAACGUUAUGCGGCACUUAAAGAAAGCGGGGUGGAUGAAAAGGAUAUCCGCGCUGAAUUUGAGAAACCGGCGAAGAUGCGUGUGUUUGCCUGGAACAAGAACAACUACAUAGACACGACCAUGACCCCGCUCGACUCUAUUAUGUAUGUGCGGAUGUUCCUGCAGGCUUCCUUUAUGGCGAUGGACCCGCUGACCGGCGAGGUGAAAGCCUGGGUGGGUGGUAUUAACCACGACUAUUACCAGUUUGACCACGUUAAUGAGAAAACAAAACGCCAGGUAGGUUCUACCAUCAAACCGCUGCUUUAUUGCCUGGCGGUAGACAAUGGUAUUUCGCCCUGCGGCAUCGUAUCUACAGCACCACAGAUGUUUCCCGGACGGUCGGCA